AUGCCUGCCGCUUGUUCAUCAGAUGGCCAUCUGAUGAACGUCUUGGAGCGUCCACAAGCGUGUGGACGUACUACGAGUGAGUGCGAUGGCAUCACUUGUGGUACGGUCGUUAGUACGACUGCACAAAACCUUAGUGUACCAAACGGUUACACUUCGGAGCAAAGUUCCGGCGGCUGUGAGGAAACACAGGCUGCGCCGAAGGUCCACCACUCGAAUAAGUCGAGUGGACCGGGACAAAGAUGUAUCCCUAGCGGGGAACAUCUAGAAGAGAAACCAUCGAUCGCUCAGGUUAAGCGAAACGAUAAUCCUAGAUCGACUGGAGAGUCUUUCGUACAGGAUCUAGCUGUGGUUGCGCAACCACAGCUAGAGGAAGUUAAGGGAAUAAGUCCCGAUAUUACAAAUACGGCGGAAAUAAGUUCCCCGAAACCCGUGGGAAGAAGUCCCCGGGAAGCCGAAGGAAUAAGUCCUUCGAGGCCUGAGGGAAUAAGUCCCCAGGAAAUGACAGAGACAUUGAAUGUCCUAGUCAAUGACGGAUCAAGUGUAGGCGCUUAUACACUUGAUCUGAUUGCGCCUCCGAAGUUGACUUCGGAGAUCACUCAGUUGCCAACGCUCGAACAUAAAAGGUUCUUGCGUGAUCUGCGUAGUGGCAAAGUUAAGCAGAUCUGCGUACUCGUCACUGACGACGAGUGUGUAGCCGACAUAAGGUCAGCAACAAUGUUUACUGAGAACGAGAGAUUUCUCAGUAGUUCAUCUAUGGACGAGAGUGUCCUCGAUGAAAAGACACGAAUUGAGCGAUAUGACUCCCAAUCAUGGGAAUCGCUCAAGAAAAAUCCUCUCUAUGAAGAUUUGGUUGAAUUCAAGGAUGUAUUCCCUGAAACUGUUCCGUGCGAAUUACCGAAGGAUAAAGGUAUUCGACACGAGGUCGAGCUUAAACCAGGCUCGAAGUACUGUGUCAUGAAGCAGUGGCCACUGCCUCAUGAACAAGUACUUGCGAUCGACAAGUUCUUUGCCGAUCGUUUAGCUGCGGGCUAUGUGAGGGAAUCAACUUCCCCACAUCGUUCUCCGACCUUCUGUGUGCGAAAAGCAACAGGAGGGUGGCGGAUAGUGCAUGCAUUUAACAAGUUGAAUGCUGCAACGGUACCGGCUCAGACGCCGAUACCGAGGAAGGACGUAAUCAUUGAUGGUAUGUCAAAGAGUGCCAUCUUUUCGUCCAUGGAUUUGAUGGAUGGCUUCUAUCAAAUCCUUAUGCGAGAACGGAUAUACCCCAUUCCGCAGUUAGCACGCCUAGCGGCAUGCUCUGGGAAUGGCUAG